AUGUUUUUUUCUUGCUCAAAGAUUAAAUACUUCAGCCUAGAGCAGUUCGAGAAGCGCGAGAAGCAUGCUCGAGAACGCGCAGCUGCUGAAAACGACCUAGAGGGUUACGCUUUCGAGGUUACCCAAUUGUUAGAGAAUGAAGAAUUUUUGAAGCAUGCAACAGAAGAGGAGAAGAACAAGAUUGGCGAGGAGUGCAAACGUAUCCGAACUUGGCUAGAGGAUGAUACUACACCUGAGACGAAGACUUCAGACUUUACCAAACACCAUGUGACUUUGAAAGCGCUGGUGCGGCCGGUUAAAAAGAGGGUUGAAGAGGCAAAGACUCUUCUGCCUGCUAUAACAAACCUAGAAUCGUUAAUAAACUCAUCUAGAAUUAUGUCGAAAAUGGGUGGAGAUGAUGAGAAGUCGCUAUUCAACAAGACGGACGCUGACGCAUUCGCAAAGAAGCUGGAUAAAGUAGAAACUUGGCUGAAAGAGAAGAAAGAAGCACAAGCGAAACGACAACCUUAUGAAGACCCAGUUCUAUUGACGAGUGAAGUAGCUGUCAAGUUAAAAUCCUUGGAUCGUGAGCUAGGCGCAUUUAUGAAGAAGAUGAGGCAGACAAAGCUCGAAGAUCUCGAGAAAAUGAUGAAAAAGAAAGACGCCGACGGAAAGGAGAAAACAGAAAAUACAACAGAUAACGAGAAAGAGGGCGAGAAGUCUAAGAAGGAGGAAGGAGAAGCGAAGAAAGAAGAGCAAGUGAAGAAUGAAGAAGAGCAGCGAAAAGAGGAAGGGGAACAAAAGGAGGAAAAAGAUGAGAAAGAAGUCGUUAAUCACACUAAGGAGAAAGCUGUUAAGAUAGAGCUGUAG